UGUCUGACAGAAAAUACAUAGCUGUACCUUUUGUGUUAUCAAUAUGAAAACAAUUUAAUAUGUAUUCUGAAAUGCCAGAAAAGUUUGUUUGGACUCCGGGGAACCUCGCUUUGUUAGAGGAUGUUUAGGCUAUACGGCGAUGGUGCUUUUUAUAGGGACAGGAAAAUGUUUCUCAUGUAGCCUACAGGGCGUCCAGGAAAUGAGUUAAACCCGCCAUCAUCUACCUACUCUAUACCGUAGGAAGAGGCAGAAGAGUGACUGGUUGCCGCCUAGCUACAGAGCUAAUUCGGUCUGUUCCCAGUGGUUUUGUCUGACAGCAAAACAAAAAUGAGAUCUUCUCUCUAGAAAUUAUACGUAAGAGACUCGGAGCAUGCAGGCCACAAUCGUGCGGGUGUGCGUGGUGGUGACAGCGGCCAUCCUCAACCACCCGCUCCUCUUCCCGAAAGAGAACACCACCAUCCCGGAGCAGGACGAGGAGCUCCUGACCCGCAUGAAGGAGCAUGAGGAGCGUCUGGAGGCGGAGCAGGCCCGGCUGGAGGAGGAGCUGUCCCGGGAGGAGGAGCAGGAGGCGGGAGGAGACGAGGAGGAGGAGGACAAGCGCUACGGCUGGUACUUCUGGAGUGCCCUCUCUCUCAUCAUCUUCCUCACCAUCGAGGUGUGCCGGCAGGACUUCGCCUGCUCCUUCUCAGCCCGGCGCUCCUCCCUGGCAGACGAGGAGGUUCUAUCAGUGGGGACGGUGUUGACCAAGGCCCUUUUCCCCGACAAGGGGGUCCUGAGCAGUUUCUACGAGAGGUGCAUCCGGGUGUCGGCCCAGGAGGCGCGCAGGACCUGUGAGUUCGUUGAAGGUUUUGCCGACGACCUCCUGGAGGCCCUGAGGAGCGUGAGCGACAAGGACACCGACAUGGAGGUUGAGGACUGCCUGGGUGUGGGCAGCACCUUUGAAUCGUGGAGCGUGAGCAAGCCCUUGACCUGCGACCUCAUCGUGCCCUUCGUCCCCCCCGAACCGUACGACUUCAAGUUUCGGCUGUGGUGCAGCCCGUCCGGGGACAUUCCCCUGGACAUGCAGGGCUCCGGCCGGAUCAAGGUGGCUAAGAGAGGGGCCGACUGCCUCUGCGGGACGACCGACCUGGGCGAGGACAUGCUUUGCCUUCUGCACGGCAAGAACGACAAACCCAAACCCGACGACAGUUGCGACGACCUCCUGUGCUUCAAGAACACGUCCUAUUUAGCCAAGGACCAGGUCAUGAAGUGGUUCCAAAUCUCUUUCACGAAAGCAUGGGGACGGAUUUCCCACAAGUAUGAGUUUGAGCUCACAUUCCGCAACCUGGAUGCCCCUGGGGCCCUGAAGGUCCGGUUCAGGUCGGGGAGGGUGGUCGUCCUCAACAUCACUCCUGUCGUCCAGUUCGAAGACACCAACGCAUACUUUGUCUCACACUUUCCCUCUGAGAAUGGAAGUUCUUCGGAUACCUACUGGUCCCUCUCCUUCGCUGUGUAUGAGAAGAACCUGCUGAAAUACCUGGGUAAGAACUUGCCGGAAAACUCCUGCCACAUCCGCUGCCUUCAGAUCCUGUCUUUCCUGCACAAGAAGCAGGAAGGCCUGACAGGCAAAAGUGCCCUGACUAACUAUCACCUGAAGACCGCCUUGUUACACCUGCUCUUGGGCAUGAAACCAUCCGCGUGGUGCUUUGAAAAUCUGGAGCUCCGUCUCCGCGACAUCAUGGGCUUCCUGGAAAAGAGCCUUCAGGAGAAGUGGCUCUGUCACGUGCUGGUCGGGAAUGACCAUGUUCCAGGGGAAAUCUUGGUUCCGGAAAUAUUCCGCACAGCAGAGCCCAUAAAUCUCUUCCGGCCCCUUGUGCUGCAGAGACAGCUUUAUACCAAAACAGUGGAGCACUUUCAGGAAAUGCUAAGAAAUGCGUGUGUGCUAAUACAAGAGUAUACACCACAGUUUCCAAACGGGGACACACGCCACACAAGUAUGUCUUAGUGUCUGAUUCUGCUAGUAAUUGCUAUAAAUGUGUCAAAAACCUUUGAAUGUUAGUCCCGGAUUGAAGUAUAACUCACAUGCUAUGUCCACAAGAAAGAAGUUUCGAAAAGUCUUGAAUUUAUUGCAGUUGCACCACCGAAUCCAUGAAGAUAAAAAAAAAUGGAAGGACACUGGAUGUUACAUCUUUGUGGAUCCAGCAUUGUACUCACAGUGUUUUACAGAUACUGCCUUUGGACCCUGUGGAAAAGAAGCCUACAUGUCUUCUUAUGUACAGCACAGGCAUAAUUACAUUGUGAUAUACAGUGGCCUCAGUAUUCAGGGCCAUUCACUUUGUGUUUAUUUAAUUGGAUGAAAUUUUGGCCCGUCAAUCUACACAAAAAAAAAAAAGUCUAAAAUCAAAAACUGAAAUCUCUCAUUUAUAUAAGUAUUUACACCCUUAAUUCAGUACUGUAGAAGCCCCUUUGGCAGCAGUUGGGCAAGUGGAGUAAUCGAGUCUUGUUAGGUAAGUCUCUACAAGCUUUGCACACCUGUAUUUGGCCAGUUUAUCCCAUUGUUCCUGGCAGAUCCUCUCAAGAUUGGAUGGGAAGUGCCAAUUGCUUGAUGUUCUAUGGGGUUUAAGUCUGGGCUUUGGCUGGGCCGCUUAAGGACUGUCAGAAACUCCAGCAUUGUCUUGGUUGUAUGCUUCGGGUCAUUGUCAUGCUGAAAGGUGAACCACUGCCCCAGGCUGAGGUUGCAUGCACUAUGGAGCAGGUUUUCUUCAAGGACCUCUCUGUAUUUGGCUGCAUUCCAUUUUGGUCUCAUCAGACCAGCAAACAGGAUGCACCUGACUACAAUUUGGAGUGCCACAGCAAAGGGUCUGAAUACAUAUGUAAAUUACAUAUUUCAGUUCUUGAUUUGUAAUAAAUUGAGAAAAAAAAGAUAAGAUUUUCAUUUUGUAGUUAUGGUUUAUUGAGUGAAGAUCGAAGGGCAAAAAUUGAAUUUUUUCUUUUUCCUACAAGACAAUACAGGUCUGAAUUCUUUCUGAAGCCACUGUAUAGCCAGCUCACUGGCAAUGUUACGCACUGAGCUUGUGUACAGCAAUAAGGGUGGUUUUAUAUGAACGUAGGUUAUAUUUACACAAUUUGUAUAUCAUUUAUACUACACUGAUACUGUAUUUGGUUUGUACUGUGCUUUAUGAAGUUAUGCAUAUGUCAGCGUGAUUAACUGUUUGGCCUUGUUUUUCACUUAAUGGUUUUAUUAUGCUAAUUUUAUAUUUGCCAACACACAUUCCUUGGGGAAAUAGUGCAGCUCUGUGUGGUUCUCAGUUUUGGCUUAUUUUCUCUUGGCCUGGUUAAACUACCAGAUGCAUUGUGUAUUCCAGUUUUCUGUGAAGCUGCAGGUUUAUUAUCGCUCUUGCACCCCUCACAAAUGCUCACAAGUGUGCAUUGUGCAUGAAUGAAGGGAGCUCAUCAAAACAAGUCAUAUUUAAUGCAGGGCACACAGCCCUGUUGCUUUAGCUGCAUAUGAAGUUUGGAAAAUGGAAAAUCACUUUGACAUUCCCAAAUAACAUUUUGGGCAAAGCAGCCAAAACAUUUACCAAAUGAACAAAGUGCCGGGCUGUGAGUUGAGUAUUUACUGUUUGCACAUAUAUAAAUAAAUUGUUAUUUUUAUUAUUAUUUUUGUAUAAAAAUAGCUUUUGAAGCUUCAUGACAAUCCAGCUUGUGUGGUGACUCCAAAUACUUUUUUUUAUUGUAUUUUAUAAUGAAGGUGUGAUAUAUUUUAUAUCAAAAAUGAAAGUGCCUUUUAUACACAUUUUGGUAUCAUUUAUAACAGACCGAAUUGUAUAUAGUUUUUGUUGAGAAUAAUAAAAACACUGUUUCAAACC